GAAGAAAUCAGCAGAUUCUAGUACCUGUUGAAAAAAAAAAAUACUCAAAGGCAGACUACGAAUUGGGAACAAAGAUUGCAACGAGUGUUGUGGACAGACAUCCUGAGCAGCCCCAUUCAUCUGUGACACCUGACAGCCUCUGUGCUCCUAAGCGGAAGACGGGCCCCCACAUCUCCAUACUGCCUGGCACCCGCGUAGCCACCAGGCAGCUCCAGUCCCAAGACAGCCUCUACGGCCCAAGGCCUGUGUCUUGUUGCUGGGCCCCCCACCAGGGGCCGCCUGGGAGGAGAUGUGGACCCCUGGAGGGCAGGAGUUCCCACCUGGCCUCGGGAUGCAAAUGAGUCCCCCCCAGGAGCGUCCCCCUAUCUGCACCCAGAACCUGAAGGAGCUGUUACCGGAGCGGCGCCCACCCAUCGUGACCCACCUGCAGAUCCCCGGCCCCACCAAGUACCAGGUGCCCGAUGCUUCAAUACGCGAGUGCUCCCCACAUCCCCACUUCAGCAUCGGCCGCAAGCACUCCACCCGCGAGGGCGGUGGCCGCAGGGCGUGGCAGACAGCGUGGUUCCAGAGCGAAAGCCCCUUCACACAGAAAGUCGACUUUAACCAAGAGCAAAAGUGGCCAUCGCCCGCGGACUAUCAACCACUCAACCGGCCCGCCUGCCCGGCCUUCAGCUUUGGGGGCCGCCGCCCCGCCUCCAAGACAGUUGAGGCCCGCUCCCGGCCGGGGCUGCUGCGGGCCGGGGGUGCGGGUUACCGUGCCCAGCCCCGGCUCCAGGCCCCUCCUCCGGCCCCGGGGGGCGAGAAGCGCCCAGGCCCCAACACCUACGACAUCUCUCCUGGGUGCCGGCUGCAGAGCCACCGCCCGCCCGCCUUCUCCAUGAGCCGUUCACCUGCGUUCGCCUCCUGGAUCAGCUCCUGUAAGGAGGCUUCUGAUGACAGAGGCCAGGCCCUGGGAGCAGGACGGGGGACUCAGCCUGUGGGGAGCUGGGAGCUGGCACCGCAGCUUGGGUGGGGCUCCCGCCUUCUCUCCGCAGCCCACACUCCCGGCCCAGCUGCCUACCAUGUGGAGGAUUGCUAUAACUCGCGCUUCCCCUCAGCACCUGGGGUGGUCAUCCAGGGCGUGCGAAGACCCAAGCGCCAUGACACAGGACCCUUCUGCACGCUGUAGCCCCUGCUGGGCUCAGCCGGCCGGCCGGUUAUCCACGGAACCCUGGUCUCCCCGGGGGGGGGGGGGGGGGGGCGGGCAGCUUGGCCUUCUGACUCUCUGGGCACCUCUGAUGCCCCCUCCUGGCCGGCCAAUCCCUCUGUGAGCUGCGGACAGCAAGGAGGGCCCAGCUGGAAGCCCUCACCUGCCCACCCCCUUGCCACACAGAGAUGCUGUUGGUUCUUUCCA